CAAAAAUCGGCUAACCUCAACCUGCCCACGCUUGUAAACAAAACCACCGUCCAGAAUGUCCGGAAUCCUGUUCGAGGACAUCUUCAACGUGAAGGACAUGGACCCGGAGGGCAAAAAGUUCGACCGAAGCAGCCGGCUGCACUGCGAGUCCGAGUCGUUCAAAAUGGACCUCAUCCUGGACAUCAACUCGUGGCUCUACCCGAUGGAGCUCGGGGACAAGUUCCGGCUGGUGCUGGCCACGACUCUGCACGAGGACGGAACACCCGCCAGUAUGGAGUACAACGCGGCCGAAAUCGAGGGCUCCCGGGCGGACAGUUUUGAGUACGUCAUGUUCGGCAAGGUGUACCGGAUCGAGGGCGAUGACGCGCAAACGGAAUCGGCGAACCGACUGUCGGCGUACGUGUCCUUUGGUGGGCUGUUGAUGCGACUGCAGGGCGAUGCGAACAAUUUGCACGGGUUCGAAAUCGAUCAGCACAUGUAUCUGCUGAUGAAAAAGCUGGCGUUUUAGGCGGCUGCUGCUGCUGCUUCCGGUUCUUUGGUUAAGGUAAUUUUGACUGCGAAUAAAACUGCUAUUACGGUUGAAA